ACACAGAGAACCAAGGGAUGCCUGAACAAGUCAACACAGAUAACCAAGGGAUGCCUGAACAAGUUAACACAGAGAACCAAGGGAUGCCUGAACAAGUUAACGCAGAGGAACCAGAGGUGCCUCAAGGAAUAUAUACACAGGAACAAGAGAUGUCUCAGCAAGUAUACACAGAGGGCAGCUCACCUUACACAUAUGACCAAUCAGAUGAUGAUUCAGACUAUGUUCCAGAUUCCUAUUCAGAAUCUGAAUCUGAAACUGAUGAUUUUCCUGCAGAUGUAGUCUGUAAUAAGAUUGGUAAGAGAAAGAUCCAGUCCCAUGAAAGAGCUUUAAAAUCAAAGAGACCAGGCAUUGAAAUUUCCAAUUGGUCUAAAGCAGGCAUUGCAUGUAAAGAGAGGAUGCCUCAGCAAGUAAUCAUACAGGACCGAGAGAUGCCUGAACAAGUAAACACAGCGGAACAAGAGAUGCCUGAGCAAGUAAACACAGAGGACCAAGGGAUUCCUGAACAAGUAAACACAGCGGAACAAGAGAUGCCUGAACAAGUAAACACACAGGACCAAGAGAUGCAUGAACAAGUAAACACACAGGACCAAGAGAUGCGUGAACAAGUAAACACACAGGACCAAGAGAUACCUACAUGUAGGCCAGUAAACAUACCAGGUCAAGGUUCUCUUGCAUGUGGUACAUACAAGAAACCUUACCGUUAUUGCAUAUUCUGCAAAAGAAUGUGGUCAAAGCUACGGAAUCACAUAGAGAAAAAGCACAAAGAUCACAAGAGAGUUUGCCAGGCCUUGAAAAUGAGAAAGAAGGAAAGGGAUUUAGUAUUUGAUGCAUUCAGAAAAGAGGGCAUAUUGGAACUGAACAAGAUAAGAUUGAGGAAAAAUCCAGAUAAUCCAGUGCUUGAGAGAGAAAGGAGGAAUGAUUCAAAGACAAAGGGUAAACUGGUCAUUUGUCAUCUGUGCAAAGCAUUCAUAGAAAAACGUUACAUAUCAAGACAUGAAAAAAAACAUGCCCAAACCUCCGAUGCAGCUUGUGAAGUAACUCCUAUCCCUGCUGAGAUGAUGUCUGUGGUAGAUGAAGCUAAUGGAGGGGAAUUCAUGAAGGAAAUAAUAUCCAAAUUUAGAGAGGGUGAGGAUAGAGAUGUUUAUGACAUAUGCACAAAAGAUCCUAUCCUACUUGAAGUGGGAAAAAAGAUGUUCAACAAACAGAGAAGGAAGGUAGACAAAAAGAGUGAAGUAAAAAAAUCAGUGAUGGCUGAUAUGCGAAGAUUGGCCAAUCUUCAUUCAAAAAUGAACAUGGCAGAACAAGCCAUUGGGAGUCUCCCAGACAAAAGUGGGAAUAUCUGUGAUUUGUUCAAGAGGAAAAAUUUCCGUCACCUGGAAGAGGCAAUUGAUGCUUAUACGAAGGUGGAGAGUUCGGAGGGUGUAGGUGUGAAGGCAGGCCUAAAACUUGCUCUUUAUUACCUGCUCAAACGAACCAGUAAAAUACUGAGAGGGAUGUUUCUUAUUGAUGACGAGGAUGAUAAGGCCAACGAUAUCGCAAAGUGGGUGACAGUGUUCGAAACGAGUAAAGAUAUGAUUUUUGGUGAUGCUGAGUACAGUUUGAGCAAGACUCGCGAAGAGAAGCUUCGGCGACCGGAACAACAGCCAGAGGAAGAAGACCUACGGAAAGUUAGAGACUACACAGUGAAGAAGAUAAAUGAGCUUGGUGUCAGAGAGAAUAUUGAUGUUCAUGAGUUUAUAGAACUAAGGAAUUGUGUUGUAAGUCGUUUAACACUCUUCAAUGCUAGGCGGGGUGGUGAGCCCAGUCGUCUCACUGUAAAAGCAUGGGAAGACGCAGAUCGUGGAGUCUGGUUGGAUCGAAGACAUCUUGACGAGCUUGAUGCACUGGAGAAGACCUUAAUUGAUUCCUUGAAAAUAGGCUACCAGACAGGGAAGGGUAAUCAUCAUCUGGUGCCAAUCCUAUUCCCCCAAGAUUGUGUUGUAGGUCUCAAAAAACUUGCAGACAAGGAUGUUAGAAGGGCAUGUGGCAUUGCUGAGAGCAAUAAGUACCUUUUUCCAAGCAUAAGCAAAUCCGCUGAGCAUGUUUCGGGCUGGCAUGCCGUAAAGUAUAUCUGCGGUAAGGUAGAGUUGAAGAAUGAAGAGAGGAUCACAGCCACAAGAAAUAGACACAGGAUCUCUACAGAGUUUGCCCUCAUGGAUGUGCCUGAAGCGGAUCGAGGCUAUAUAUAUAAGCACCUCGGACACUCGGAGGAUGUUAACCAAAAUAUCUACCAAGCACCUCUGGCAAUUAAAGCUGUUACAGUUGUGGGAAGGAGGUUGGCAGCUCUGGACAGAGGAGAAUCAGAAGAACGAGACCAAGAAGAGCCAUUGAUGUCCUCUCCUGGAGGGAUGAAUCAGGAGGAAGAAGGGACGAAGCAGGAGGAGGAAAAGGACCAUAUUGCGUAUUCAGGUCGGGGGUACACCCACUGGGAAACUUCCUCCAAAAAAUUGGUAUGCAACUACUUCGAGCAGUACCUGCUAAGAGAUACGAGAAAGAAGUUACCUGGUAAGAGAGAGGUUCACCAGUUCUUGGCAGCAUAUCCUGAUUUCAAGAUUAGAAACUUCAAAGUCAUCAGAAGCAAGGUCAUGAAUGAAAAAUCAAAAAGAGAUCGCUUGGUAAAAAAAAUGGAAAGCAACCAGUAGAAAUUAUUCUCUAAUGCACCGGGUGAACUUUUUCAUUCUUUAGUUUGCCACACACAGCGAUUUCUUGAUAUACAAGUAUUUCGCUUCUACCAAACUUAAAAAUGAUUGGGGCGAGCUUUCGUCUGCUCCUGCAGACUUCCUCAUGUCAACUGAUUUGUCACACAGUUGCUGUCUUGGCGAUCACUGGAGCGAAGAUAGGUGACAAUGCGUACCCAGUGUCCCUAUUGAGUGCUGGAUUAAUGCUUUUUAUCUAGAUAGACUCUUUGACCUUCCUUGGCCAGAAAUAAGAUUCAAAGUCUAUGAUCUGUGUAUCAUCCCAGCGAAUGUUAUGUCCAGUAUUGAGGGCGUGUUCCGGCCACUGCUGAGUGGGUUGGAUUGUUUAAUCUGAGGGCCCUUUUGUGUUCUUUUAAUCGGUCAUUCAGUGUUCUUCCUGUUUCACCCACAUAAGAACUUUCUGUCAGUGCACUCCAGAGCCCUUUAUACACAGAGUUUGGCCAACUUGAUAACAGGCACCAUGUUGUAACCCUUGGCGCUGAUGCACCGCACCGUGCGCACGGGCGGGCUUAUGGUAUACACACAAUAUAGCUUACACUACUAGCCCUCAAACUGAUUGAUAUUUUCUGUUGCAGAAGAGUCAUGUUAUGGGAAGUCUCAGAUUCUUGGCAUUUCUUCUCUUUCCUUCAUGUAGUAGACUAUAAUUUUAAUGAGUUUAGGCCCAAUAGGAAUAGGCCCUAGUAUUAAGCGUAACCAUCUCUCUCCUUUUCAUUAAUUUCUCGUUUUUUUUUCUAACUAUAUAUGCCUGUGUGUCUCUUUAGCUGCCCCUACAUGUAUACCUCCAUAGGGUCUUCACAUAUGAAAUUGAAGCGUUUUCAACUCCCAAUGAGUGAUUUGGAGUUUGCUGGCAUUUUAGAUUGAUCUUUCAGUAUGUUCUUCAAAUUUAUGUAUACAUACAUUGUCUGUUGUGUUUUAGCACUGCAAGAGUAUUUAUCAUGAAUUCAGGCUAACUCCGGUCUGACCAAAACAUUUUAGUAUUGAUGUGUACCAAGAGGGGAGGAGGCCCUUGAAAGGUAUAAGCCCUGAUAUGUUUGCCAGUACAUAGUUUCGGUAUGCCCCCCCCCCCUUUCCAUUGUAUGAUGUAAGAAUGAUGUCACAAAACAUGCCCAAUUACCAAAUUUUAUCCACUUGCUACAGGUGAAAAUUACAAUUUUUUUAAAAUCAUCUGUUUUUAAUAGGGCACACCAAUAUAAUGAUCAUAACUAAUAUUAAUGAUUUAUACAUGUAUAUUGAUUUAUCCAUUCGAUUAUUUAUGUUUAUGUUUCAAUCCACUAUGCAUAGUGCCACUCAAAAUAUGUAUUAAUAUACGUAUUUAAAAUAACAGCUUUUCCAUGUAAUCAAACAUACCUACUGUAUGUUUUAACAGCACUUCCAUUACCCACUUCUUCACACAUUGUUUUUUAAUUCUCCUAUACAGUGUGAGUAAAAAAAAGAAGGAAACCCAACUUCGGUAGCUUCUUAUGAUAAUAUUAUAACAUAUAUGGAACCUUGCAAUUUAUUUCAUUGUAAAGAGUAACUUUACUGUCUACUGAUACCUUAUUCAUACUUUUCCUGCCACGGAUGACUGAGCACCAGGAGUUUCAAAAAGCUUUGUCAAAAUCGCCUUGUAUCAAGUUUGGGCUUAAGCAAUACGUGUGCGUCAAAAGCUACUAUGGAUUUGUUAUUGGAGUCUUGAAAUAAUGGCUAAGCUUUUUAAAUUGAUUUUGUGUAUUUGACUAGAAAAGGUGUUGAUUUGAACUUUAAAUGAAAGAAUAUCCUUAUUACAAGCAAUAUUUAAGAUAUCUUUGUUGUCAUUAAGACACAAUCUUGGUUUCCUCAACAUUCCUCGUAUGUAAGAGUUUCUUUAUUGAGUGUGUCAGCUUCAGAAUGUUGGUAGUGAAGAAGCUUUCUUUCAAAUGAAGUAAAAACACAGUUCAAAACACUAGCAUAUGUGUUCUAAACAGGCCUUCCUUGUAUUUUUUUAGUCUUUUAGGUUAGUUAACUAUUAAUUUAAUGUAGAUUGUGAGCUAGAUAACUUAUUCAGCUAAGUUGGUGCAAUCGACCAAUAAACAGAUGGUUUUGUGGCAAGAUAACAUUCUAAGAUAAGAGGUUUGUAGGCAGUUCAAAGUGCAUCCACAGCCAAUGAAACCUAAAAUAAAAUCCCUGUGAAAGUCUAGAUACUUAAAAUCACUUAACUCUGAAUAAUUGAAACACAAAACAUAUUUUAUCAUUUAAAAACGAUUUCAGACAAAGUAACAUGUGAUUAGAAGCCUUUGACACACACCCAUUGCUUAAGGUCAAACUUGGUACAAGGCGAUUUUGACCCCCCAAAAAUUGAAAAUCUUAGUGCUCAGUCAUCCGUGACAGAAACAUCAUAAAUGAGGUAUCGGUAGACAGAGUGAAGGUUAUUCUUUACAAUUAGAUACAUCUCAAGGUUUCAUAUGUUAUAAUAUUUUUAUAAGAAGCUACUAAAGUUAGGUUCCUUUUUUUUUACUCACAGUGUAUAGGAUACACCAAUGCAUGCUCAUUAUCACUUUUGUUGUUACACUGUGUAUGUUUAUGUUUUGAUUCACUAUACAUGGUGUUAAUAAAUUUCUGAUGCAAUAUACGCAAUUUAAAGAAAACGAUCAUUGGUUUAUUGAAACUAAAAUAUUGAGUAAUUUUACUGUCCAAAACAUACAUACUGUAAGUGCUACAACAGCACACCAAUAAACCAUUAUUUCACAUACACUUUUUAUACGCCGAAGGGUCGUAUUAUGGUAUGACGUCCGUCCGUCCGUCCGUUAGCCAAUUCUUGUGUAGAUAACUCCUCAUUCAUUGUUUAACGAAAUUUCUUCAAACUUGCAUGGAUGGAUGAUAUUGAUGUGUAGAUGUGCGUAAAGAUGAUAUAACUUGGGUACGCCAAGGCGUUGCCAUGGUAACCACAUUUUACUAAAAAAUUGAAAAAUUCUUGUGCGGAUAAUUCCUCAUUUACUUUUUAAUUAAAUUUCUUCAAAUUUGCAUGGAUGGAUGAUAUUGAUGUGUAGAUGUGCAUAAAGGUGAUAUAACUUGGGUACGACAAGGCAUUGCCAUGGUAACCACAUUUUACUAAAAAAAUAUUGAAAAAUUCUUGUGUGGAUAACUCAUUUACUUUGUAAUGAAAUUUCCUCAAACUUGCAUGGUUGGAUGAUAUUGAUGUGUAGAUGUGCAUAAAGGUGAAACUUCGGGCGUAUAAUGCUCCGACUUGCGGUGCUCUUGUUUAAAGAUCUUUUUGAUAUUCUAUAUGACACACCAAUUUAAUUAUAUUACUUAUUUCGUAUAUUUUUGUUAAUUUCUUCAAUUUGAAUAUCUGUAUCUGUAAAUGCAUCGUCAUUUGGGCUUGCUGCUAUGAUUUUAUUUAUUUAUCUAUCUUUCCUUACAUGAAGAACAAGAUAUUUUUAAUUGUUUAUAACUGCAUAGCACCAAGAAAAUUAUCAAACUGGUGACUCAAUUGGAAAAUUAUUGUGGUUUGCAUCAAUUAAUGUAUUUUUGUGCAUUCAUAGAACACUUAGCAAUCCUAUGGAUAUUGAAAUUUGGUGUGUGACAGCAAAUUUUCACGUAGUUUUGGAUGCAGGUUUCUGAGACAGUAAAAUUGGGAAGUUGUAAGCAGGCCUGGUUGUAAGCAGUGUAGGUCCACAAGUACAAUCAUGGGUCUGUAAUAAACACUGUGACAAAUGAAAUGAUAUGCCUGUAUUAAUAACUGGAAUAGCGAAAAGUGACAUUUUUACUGUGGAGUCUCAUAUGUUGCUUUAGGAGUAAGGCCACCGCACACCUUACGACUGGUCUACGACUGGAUUUUGAAAGAAAUUGCAAUUUGAAGAGAAAUUGAGUUUCAAUUUGAAAAUUUGUAUCUGACUGAGGUCCAGAAUGGUUAUAUCAAUAUAAUUAUCGAAAAUAUAUGGUAUUUGAAGUAUUUCAGACAGAGAAAAGGCCAAAUCUCCCAGUUACCAGUUGGUGGCCAGUCGUGCCUGUGUGACGUCGCUACGAUUCGCAGCCGAUCGGGCCUUUUCUCCAACUGAAAAGGCCAUAACACCCUGCAAUUUUUAUAUUGAUAUUGACAUGACAAUUCGGGACCUCAAUCAGUAGGAAUUUACAUUCUAAACAUUCUAUAUCUAAUCCUAUCAUAAUUUCUUUCAAAAUCCAGUCGUAGACCAGUCGUAAGGUGUGCGGUGGCCUUUAGGGCUUGUUGGAUAGGAUGUGUAAAAUUCCUUCAGUAUUGUAAGUGUUUAUAGAUACAGCGCAACAAACCCCCACACUUAUGUUAAUGAACCUGAAUUAAAUCACAAAUAAAAGGGAUCUUUGUCAAAAAAUUUGCAGACAAACUCAUGACAUCAUUUUGCAUUUACUUUUUAGGAAUUUAUUUGUUCCAAAGCUUUUUGAAGUCAGGCGGCAACAAAUUGUCUCCUGCCUCGCCAACAUUUUUUUUUUUUUUUUUUUGGUCGCCUUAUAUUCCAUUGACUUGUACAUUAAAAUUGUUUGGGUUUGUUGCGCCAUAUCUGAACAAACCUUGAGAUAUGAGGGCUAUGGUAAUAAACUCAACAGCAUGGAUUAGAGCAGCGGGCAGGGCGUAGAUAUGUGACGUCACACUAUUCAAGUAGAUCACCCCCCCCCCCCCCCCUGAACAAUAGGUUCACUGCUCGAAUCUUCGCCAGUGUUAAACUGAGCAGCGCUUCUCAACCAGUGGGCCAUGAGGAUGGCCAAAACAUUGUUUUAGAAUAAAAAUGAACCAGCUUGAGUUCAGCUUUACUGUCAAAUUAAUAAGUGGCAAAGUGGGCCUUGAGUUAAGAAAGGGUGAGAAGCACGUACUGGAUUAGGGGGUUGACUCUUUGUAAUUUGAAUUUGCAACCAUGCCGAAUCACACCACCUAAGUAACAUCUUUUUCCUGCUGCUUGGGCAGGAUUGGUGCCUUCUAUGAGGUCAUAACAUUGUUAUUGUUGAAUUUCUGCGCAAAAAUAAUGUUGGAAUUCACAGUGAAUUAUUGAAAUUACAAAUUUGAAUUAGUGAUAUCACAAAUUGAAUCUGUGAUAUCACAAAACAUAAUUCUUGUUGUGAAUUGUAUUAUGUUCUGGAACAUUAAACAUACAAGACUGUUAACCUAACUAGUCAGAUUUGUCUACAUUGCAGUGAUGUGCAGUAAUGUUGGAAUUCACACUGAAUUCUUGAUAUUACAAAUUUGAAUUAGUGAUAUCACAAAACAGAAUUCUUGUUGUAAAUUGUAUUAUGUCCUGGAACAUUAAACAUACAAGACGGUUAGCCUGA